AUGCUGGGCUUUGAGGUGCCAGCAGCUGGGUGGGGCCUGGAGCUGCGCAUGGAGCCACUGGGCCUGGAGGGGCUCAGCAUGCUGAGCGACCCCUGCGCCCUGCUGCCUGACCCGGCUGUGGAGGACCUGUUCCGCAAAACCUCAAAAUCACAUGAAUAUGAUCUACCAUCAGUGGGCUCUUUGGAGUCCAAUGUCCUGAACCCUGAGGGAGGAGAGGUGGCCUCUGAAUUAGAAUACGUCUCCUGGGAGUCCCCUUUCUGUGCUCCCUCCUUUGCUGAAACCUCAAAAUCACAUGAAUAUGAUCUACCAUCAGUGGGCUCUUUGGAGUCCAAUGUCCUGAACCCUGAGGGAGGAGAGGUGGCCUCUGAAUUAGAAUACGUCUCCUGGGAGUCCCCUUUCUGUGCUCCCUCCUUUGCUGAUUCCUGGUCGUCUCAGGAGGAUGGUUCUCAGCCGGAGUCAUUUGUGAUGGUCCCAGCCUCUAGUCAUAUAAUAGGAGAAACUUCCUCUGCCUCUACAGGAUAUUUCUCUUGUGUCUCCUCCGAAAGUGAGCUUGGCUUUUCUGAUGAGGAUGGAAGCAAACAAUCAUAUCAAGAUGUUUCUUGUCUUGAAUCCACUGAGAUGCCUUCAGCCCUGGAUUUGGAACAAGGAGAGACUUCGUCCCCUUUCCCACAAGUCUCUCUUCCAGUUAAUUUGGUUAAUAGUAAUAAGUCAUUUAUGUCAUCAGUACCUACAAAAAAGAAAAGAGUCAUGGAAAUUUACUACAUGCAGGUUCAAAUGGAAAAGGAUGUGGCUCCCUUACAGGAUACAGAGGAAGAACUGGAGCCCCCCGAAAAGAAGAUGCAGAUGGAAGAAAUUACCUGUCCUGAAGAAACCCAUGCGACAUUCACCCCCUCUCAAGUGACUGCAAAGGAGCUCCUGCCUGACAGAGAAUCCGGUUUGGAUAUCCAAGUCAGAGAUGGAAGGGAGAGGGCUGAAGGUCCAGCAGAACCUCAAGCUUUGGAGGAACGUUCCAAGGCCAAGACACCUGAAAGGCUGGCAGACCUGGGCAGUGGCUUCCAGUGUGUGAGCUGCUACCGGAUCUUCCCCAGCUUAGAGGCCCUUCAGAAGCACGUGGAACAUGCACCCAGUGAGGGCUUUAUCUGCUAUACUUUCCAUCUUGCCUUGGCUUACCUAAAGAGAAAGCGGAACAGAAAAGGGAAGAACAGGAGGAGGAAGAAUAUCAAGACGGCAACAUCUGAUCGCCACCAAGAAAAACAUGUUGGCAUGGAGGCAUACUCAUGCAAUAACACUGAUUCUCAGGCCUAA